AUGCAAGAGGACGAAUCCACUAGAGGUCAUUAUUCUGAUCCUCUUACGUCUAGAUUGACGCCUCUGAGACCAGACUUUCUUGAAAAUUCGCCUGGGUUUGAAGCAAGAGCCCGUUCACUAUCCCCAAGCAAGCGUCUUGUCAAACAGCCGCUCCACAUUCGUAUGAAUCUGACCGAGAGUCAAGUCGACAAGAUCACAGACGCGUUUAGCCAGAACGUGAACAACAGCCCGAGAAAAUCAGCCAAAUCGAAAAAGAAGCCUGUAAUGGUAACUCCGAGAUCAACACCACGAAGGAAGAAACAGAGAAGCCCACAGACUCGUGAUUCACAUAGAUGGGUCGCAGGAGAUGGCAGUGUUGAGGCAGACUCUCCAACCUUUUCUGAUCUCAUGCCUGGCCACCGUUCAGACUCCUCCAGAGACAUGUUCUCGGCGAGUAUAGCAGAGCGUCGACAAAGGAAUGCACCUUCUCCGUUGCAACUUGGGACUAACCGCCAUCGCAGCGGGACUUUGUCUCGAUCGUUUGAGAUUGAGGAUAUGCCAGGUGAAGUCUCUCCACUUGGCGAGGGGCGUUUCGAGCGCGAACCAAUCUUCGAAGAUGAUUCUCCUUCGGUUUAUUCUCCUCAACUUACAGCUCAUCCCUCCCCGCUCCGUCUCAGUCACGUUCGAUCACAAUCCAAAGUAGAUGGGAAUGAUUCCUACAAAGAGUGGCUUCUGAGUCACGACCCGUCCAUGGUCAGAGAAUCGGGAACCCUUGCAGAGGCCCUAGUCAACAGACCUCGACGAUCCAAGAGUUCGGCUGAUGGAUUGAGAAAGGCUCAAGCCAUGGAGUUGCACUCGCCAACAGCUCAGGUCGUAACCGUACAGGCGAACAACAACUACGGCAACCAAAUGUCUCAGAACACUCCUCUGUUCUCUCCACUGCAGUUCUAUUUCAGAGGGACUGACUAUCCCAGUGCGAAGAAGGGAGAAAAGGAGAUGAUCGGAGACAACGGAUGGCUAGAGCGUACUGAUCGGGGCGUCGUUGAACAAGUAGCCAAAACGCCUCAGAAGAAAACGAGAAUACUGGACAGUAUCAAGAAGAUGGCUAGAGAUGUGGCGGAAAUUCAUACUUCUCGCCGAGCUCAACCGGUACUUCGACCUCGCGCAGCAUCUCAUAUCGCCAUUUCGUUGAACGCAAGAGAACAAAGCCUGCUCUAUUGUGAACUGGAAUUCAACCUGAGCACGGCUCUGAAUGAUUACAUUACGGUUCAGUUGGACAAAGGCCGGCUUGUACCCGACAAGCUCAAGAAGGUAGCAGAUGCGUGGCAGAGCAGGGGUCGUCCCAAGGUCGUUGGCUUCCGGUACGACCUCGAGACGCAGCUUGAGCUGGUCAACCUUCACGUUGACGAUUUCCGUUUCUAUGGCCGUCGACAGGCUGAUCCUGCCGAGAUCGGUGGACUUUUGCAUGCCAUGAAAGUCAACGCCAGAGCCAUUGGCGUCCGCACUCUCUGCCAGCCAGACUCUGUGAUUGCGAAGCAGUUGGUUGAUGCACAGUCAAUUUUCAAGAUGCUCGGCGUUCCUGAUGAACAGCAGAUUGCUCUUGCCGAGAUUGCUCAGUUCUUCAAAGUGAUUGUCGAGAGGGAACUGGAUAGUCGAGAAAACAAUGGUGGUCACGGCAAGCAGUCUCGGGAGGAGCGACAAUGGACGGUUCAAGGGGAGAGGUAA